CCGCUGUGGAUGAACGCGUGUAGGGGAGCUGCGGCCGCUCGCCCCGCUGCCUGCUAACCGUUAGCUCCGUCACAUGGACGACCACCGAGGCCUGAACGGCGCCCUGAACGCCGACCCGCGGGGUCCGAGCACCGGGGACCCGCAGCUGGACGCGGCGGUGCACCGGUGGCUGACCUGGGACCAGAACCCCCGGACCCGGGCUCAGCUGGACUCCCUGCUGGUCUCGGGUUCCCACCAGGAGCUCCGGUCCAGACUCUGCAGCCGGAUGGGCUUCGGCACCGCCGGACUGAGAGCCGCCAUGGGAGCCGGAUUCAACCGGAUCAACGACCUGACGGUCAUCCAGACCACGCAGGGCCUGUUCUCCUACCUGAGCGGGUUCUUCUCAGACUUCAGCAGCAGAGGUUUGGUCAUCGGAUUCGACACGAGAGGACAAGAGGAGAGCGGCUGCAGCAGUGAGAGGUUGGCCAAGCUGACAGCUGCAGUGAUGCUCAGCAGAAACGUCCCCGUUCAUCUGUUCUCCUCCUUCGUCCCAACACCAUAUGUGCCUUACGCAGUGAAGAAGCUCGGAGCUGCAGCUGGAGUGAUGAUCACUGCUUCACACAACCCCAAAGAAGACAACGGAUACAAGGUGUACUGGUGUAACGGCGCUCAGAUCGCCUCCCCCCACGAUAAGGAGAUCCUGCGCUGCAUCGAGGAGCAGCUGGAGCCGUGGAGCGCCUCCUGCUGGGACCAGGAGCUGGUGGAGCGCAGCCCGCUCACCCGGGACCCGCUGAGCCACAUCAACCGCUGCUACAUGGACGAGCUGUCCUCCCUCUGCUUCCACAGGGAUUCGAACCGCCACUCCCCGCUUAAGUUCGUCCACUCAUCCUUCCACGGCGUGGGACACGCCUUCGUCCAGGAGGCCUUCCAGGUGUUCGGCUUCGCUCCUCCCAUCCCCGUCCCCGAACAGAAAGACCCCGAUCCCAACUUCUCCUCCAUCCGCUGCCCCAACCCCGAGGAGGGCGAGUCCGUCCUGGAGCUGUCUCUGCAGCUGGCUCAGAAGGAGGACGCUCGCAUCGUCCUGGCCACGGACCCCGACGCCGACCGGCUGGCGGUCGCGGAGAAGUCCGACAGGUGUGGUUGGAAGGUGUUCUCGGGGAACGAGCUGGCAGCUCUCCUGGGUUGGUGGAUGUUCUUCAACUGGAAGCAGAACCAUCCGGAUCCGGCGGACCGCGACGGCGUCUACAUGUUGGCCACCACUGUGUCCUCCAAGAUCCUGCAGGCGUUCGCUCGAAUCGAAGGCUUCCACUUCGAGGAGACGCUUCCGGGCUUCAAGUGGAUCGGAAACCGAAUCCACGAACUCUCCAAAAGUGGACACAGUGUGAUCUUCGCCUUCGAGGAGUCCAUCGGGUUCCUGUGCGGCUCGCUGGUCCCAGAGAAAGACGGCGUGAGUGCCGCCGUGGUCGUGGCGGAGAUGGCGGCCUACCUCCACGAGAAGAACCUGAGUCUGAGCCAGCAGCUGGACAACAUCUACCAGACGUAUGGGUACCACUUGUCCAAAACCUCCUAUGUGACCUGCCACGAUCCGUCCACCAUCAAGAGGAUCUUCAGCCGUAUCCGAAACUUCGACGGGGAGUCUUCGUACCCCAAGACGUGUAACGGCGUCCAGAUCGUCCAUGUCCGAGACGUUACCACGGGAUACGACAGCAGCCAGCCGGAUCACAGAUCUGUCCUCCCCGUGUCUCGGAGCGGUCACAUGAUCACCUUCACGCUGCAGAACGGCGUCGUCGCCACGCUGAGGACGAGCGGAACCGAACCGAAGAUCAAAUACUACACCGAGUUCUGCGCCGCACCCGGAAAGAGCGAGCCGUCCCAGCUGGAGGAGGAGCUCGCUAAGGUCACCACCGGCCUGCUGGACGAGUUCCUGGAGCCUGAGAGGAACAACCUGAUUCGCCGCUUCGUGUAGCCACGCCUCCUCACACCCGCUGCAUGUUGCUGAUGUCACAUCCUGUCACAUUUCUGGACGAAUCGGAGCGUCCGGCUCCUUCCAGCCCGCUGGUUUGUGUCGUGUGUGUCCCCCAGCAGCAGUGCAUGAUGGGUAAAGUCCCAACAUUUCAGGUGGAACUUCAAAGUUGAAAUUAAAAAAAAAAAAAAAAAAAAAAAAAAGGUUCUUAUAAAACAGGAAGUAGAAUCCCGAUUCCUGCUGAACUGUGCUGACCUCUGGUGGUGAGGAGAAGAAGCUGCUUUCAGCUGUUGGAUCCACCAGAGGUCAUCAUGAACCUGGAAAUGGAGGAUCCAGACCAUCAGAACAGGUCCAGACUGUCUGAUUGGAUCUGAACCAUCUGACCGAAUCCGGACCGUCUGAUUCGAUUUGGACCAUCUGAAUAGAUUCAGACUAUCUGAAUGGAUCUGAACCGUCUGAUCAGAUCAGGACCUUCUGAUCGGAUCUGAACCGUCUGAAUGGUUCCAGACUGUCUAAACGGAUCUGAACCAUCUGAUUAGAUUUGGACCAUCUGAACGUAUCUGGAGUGUUUCGUUUUCUUCUGGUUUUUAUUUCACCUGUUUAAAUUAGUUUGAUUUGUGUUUGUCUCUGUGGAAUCGAACCUGUGACCUCUCUGUUAGCCUGAAGGAGACCUGGCACACUGACUCUGAUUGUGGUAUUUCCUCGUGACUGUAACUGAGGUGCAGGUUCAACCUGACAUGACGUAUUUUUGGAACCAGUAACAGACUUUUAAAAAUUGUUGUUAAACACAACUUGAUGAGUAAUAAAGGCUCAUCUUGUUUUCUAUGAAAAUGUAGCCUGAAAUUUGGCAUUUUAAAGUAAUUAGCUUGAGAAAAAACAACAUUCUUGGCUUGAAAAAUUACAUAAAUUCCACUUCCUGUUGGCGUCCCUCAGGAAUCGAACAUGGGUCCCCUGACCUCCUCUGUGGGUUUCGACCACUUCCUGCCCGGUCGUGUCUGAAACUGUUUCCACAACAGUGUUUCAAGCGAAAAUGGAUCCUUCUGAACCCAACAACAUUGUCUCAACCACUACAUUGAAAGCCUGCAGUGGGCCCAGGGCAGAUCCCUGGGGGACGCCAGCCCCUCUGCUGACGUCCCCGUCCUCCCCAGCAGAGGGCAGCAGACCUCAAACUGAGCCCUCGUUUCAUGAAAUGAAGUUGCACACUGUGGACGGAUGGAGGACAGAAGCUGCUCAGAGUCUUGGAUGAACCGUUUUCGGAGCUGAAGCUGCUUGAACUCCUUUAUUUUUCUACUCAGAGUUUAUUUAUGACGAGCCGCUGCUGUUUUUUCUGUUUGGGUUUUGGAAAGAAGUGACGGAGUGAGACCUCCUGUGUGUGUUUCUGAAAUAAAACCAAA